GCCCCCGGGGGCGAGCAGGCGCCGGACUCAGCUCUUCUCGGCCGCGGUCCUUGAGCUCUCCGCGCCUCGCGCUCUGCUCUGUCUGCCGCCGCCAUGGCCCAAGCCGACAUCGCGCUGAUUGGACUGGCCGUCAUGGGCCAGAACUUAAUUUUGAACAUGAAUGACCACGGCUUUGUGGUCUGUGCUUUUAAUAGGACAGUCUCCAAAGUUGAUGAUUUCUUGGCCAGUGAGGCAAAGGGAACCAAGGUGGUUGGCGCUCAGUCCUUGAAGGAGAUGGUCUCCAAGCUGAAGAAGCCUCGGCGGAUCCUACUUCUUGUGAAGGCUGGUCAAGCUGUUGACGAUUUCAUUGAAAAACUGGUACCGUUGUUGGACUCUGGUGACAUCAUCAUUGAUGGAGGAAAUUCUGAAUAUAGGGACACCACAAGACGAUGUCGAGACCUCAAGGCCAAGGGAAUCUUGUUUGUGGGGAGUGGGGUUAGUGGUGGAGAGGAAGGGGCCCGCUAUGGCCCAUCACUCAUGCCAGGAGGGAACAAAGAAGCUUGGCCUCACAUCAAGACAAUCUUCCAAGGCAUCGCUGCAAAAGUAGGAACUGGAGAGCCUUGCUGUGACUGGGUGGGCGAUGAGGGAGCAGGACACUUCGUGAAGAUGGUGCACAACGGGAUAGAGUACGGCGACAUGCAGCUGAUCUGCGAGGCAUACCACCUGAUGAAGGACGUCCUGGGCAUGGAGCAUGAUGAGAUGGCACAGGCAUUUGAGGAAUGGAACAAGACAGAGCUAGACUCAUUCCUGAUUGAAAUCACAGCCAAUAUUCUCAAGUUCCGAGACACCGAUGGCAAACACCUACUGCCAAAGAUCAGGGACAGUGCAGGGCAGAAGGGCACCGGGAAGUGGACCGCCAUCUCAGCCCUGGAGUACGGCGUUCCUGUCACCCUCAUCGGAGAAGCUGUCUUUGCUCGAUGCUUAUCGUCUCUGAAGGAUGAGAGAAUUCAAGCUAGCAAAAAACUAAAGGGUCCCCAAAAGAUCCAGUUUGAAGGUGAUAAGAAAUCAUUCCUGGAGGACAUUCGAAAGGCCCUCUAUGCUUCCAAGAUCAUCUCUUAUGCUCAAGGCUUUAUGCUGCUAAGACAGGCAGCCACUGAAUUUGGCUGGACCCUCAAUUAUGGUGGCAUUGCCCUGAUGUGGAGGGGGGGCUGCAUCAUCAGGAGUGUAUUCCUAGGAAAGAUAAAAGAUGCAUUUGAUUGCAAUCCUGGACUUGAGAAUCUGCUGCUAGACGACUUCUUUAAGUCAGCUGUUGAGAACUGCCAGGGCUCCUGGCGGCGGGCGGUCAGCACUGGUAUUAAGGUGGGCAUUCCCAUGCCCUGUUUCACCACUGCCCUCUCCUUCUAUGAUGGAUACAGGCACGAGGUGCUCCCCGCCAACCUCAUCCAGGCUCAGCGGGAUUACUUUGGGGCUCACACCUAUGAACUCUUAGCCAAACCGGGACAGUUUAUCCACACUAACUGGACUGGCCAUGGUGGCAGCGUGUCCUCCUCUUCCUACAAUGCCUAAUUCAACUGUUCUGUUAUCCUCCACGAUUCCUUAGACCAGGACAUUCCAUGUACCAUACAACACUGCUUACAUGGCCCUUUGCCCUAUUUUCUGCUAGAGCUUUUAGAAUAAAGUGUUGUAAGAGACUCCUGAAAAAGGCAAACAGUUUAUCUGUAAAUAGUUCUGUGAGGACCAUCCUGCCCUCUGCCCUCGCCCCUCAGGACUGACCAGGAACUGAUCAUGUGCGUGACAGCGCAAACCAACUCCUUGGAGCAGUUGUUUCCACAUGUCCCUUGUAGGUUAGUGAGGCUCUUAUCACAUAGAUGGGAAGGGUGUUUGUGGAAUUUGAUCAAACUGGAACCUUUUUGUUCGUUUGUUUGUUUUGGUGGCUGGCUGGACGGGGAUCCAAGCCCUUGAGUGAGCUCUUAACCAACUGAGCUAACCCGCAGCCCCUAAACUGGAACCUUUGCAUCAUGCAUCUGAAUUCCCCUUUCCUCUGUUCAAUAAAAUCUACAGUAUAUUUA